AUGCCAACAGCAACGCAAUCUACUCCGUCCGACGCAAAUAACGAGGACGCACGAAGUACGAGAAGUACGAGUAGUACACUCGUGAACGGCGAGAACAACGCCAGAGCCGAAUCCGAUCCAGAAAGACAAUCCUCCACCGUCGACAUGCCCGCCUCUAGUCAAGUGAACCCCACUGUUCGACACGGUUUCGACCAAGAACUCUACGGAGAAGACAUUAUUCGCUUUCUCUAUUUUUCUGAAAAACGUCACAAUACCCACGCCACUGCCAAUCCCGAACUACGAAAUGCACUCCUUGACUGGCGCUUGCCAGAGAGAAUCAAAACGGUGUCAGGUUUACUUGUUGUGUGUUUGAGAAUCGGCACCGAUCCACCGGAUAUUGUCAAAACCAGUCCUUGCGCUGAAUUAGAAUGCUGGAUCGAUCCUUUUGCUCUCGUUCCUACCAAAUCGCUCGAGGCAAUUGGAAGAAACCUUCAUCAACAGUACGAGAACAUCAACGGUCGAACGCGUUUCAAAUUAUCGCUCGAUCCUUCUGUCGAAGAAACAAAGAAAGUGUGUUGUCAGAUGAGACGGAAUGCCAAGGAAGAGCGCAUCUUAUUCCAUUACAACGGCCACGGUGUGCCUAAACCAACCGCCAGUGGAGAAAUAUGGGUAUUCAAUCGUCAUUACACACAGUAUAUCCCUGUAUCAUUGUUCGAUCUGCAGUCAUGGCUUGGAUCGCCCGUCAUAUACGUCUGGGAUUGUUCAUCCGCAGGCAAUAUCGUCAACGCUUUUAACCGCUUCGCCGAACAACGAGAUAACGAAACAAUGAGAAUGGCUCAGCAACACCAAGGACAAAUGCCCUCUUCCUCUUGGCGCGACUGCAUUCAGCUGGCCGCUUGCGGUCCUACCGAAACCCUUCCCAUGAACCCCGAAUUACCUGCAGACGUAUUUACAGCCUGUUUAACCACCCCCAUUGAGAUGUCUUUACGCUGGGUAGUCAUGCGGAAUCCGUUGUUGACGAACAAUAUUACCAAAGACAUGGUCAUGCGAUUACCCGGUCGCGCCGCGGAACGACGAACGCCUUUGGGUGAACUCAACUGGAUCUUUACCGCCGUCACUGAUACCAUUGCUUGGUGUGUUCUGCAAGAUCAACCUGAAUUAUUUAAACGACUCUUCCGUCAAGAUUUAACCGUCGCUUCCAUGUUCCGAAAUUUCCUUCUUGCCGAACGCAUCUUGCGGUCAUAUCAAUGUACGCCAAUGUCCACUCCAAAGCUGCCGAAUACCCAUGAUCAUCCAAUGUGGCAAGCCUGGGAUCUGGCCGUCGAUAUGUGUUUGUUUCAAUUACCGGCUCUGUUGGCUGCUGAAGCGGGAGGGCCGGCGUACCAGUAUCAAUCCAGUACAUUCUUUGCUGAACAACUUACCGCGUUCGAAGUAUGGCUGUCGGAAGGUGCUGUCAAUCCUAAAAUUCCGGAACAAUUGCCCAUCGUGUUACAGGUGCUACUAAGUCAGGUACAUCGAUUGCGUGCACUGAUGCUGCUGAGUCGGUUCCUGGAUUUGGGACCGUGGGCCGUAAAUGCUGCUUUAUCGGUUGGCAUUUUUCCUUACGUUCUGAAAUUGCUCCAAAGUCCGGCGGCCGAGCUGAAGCCUGUGCUUGUGUUUAUCUGGGCCCGCAUCCUUGCGGUGGAUCGUUCGUGUCAAAAUGAUCUUUUGAAAGAUCACGGCUAUGCUUACUUUAUCAAUAUCUUGACUCCGAAUAACGCCAUGCUGAGCAUUCCCCACGUUUCGGAGCACCGAGCCAUGAGCGCGUUUAUCCUUUCUGUGUUUUGCACGAAUUUCAAAAUGGGGCAGCAAGCGUGUCUGAGGAGCAACAUCAUUUCGGCAUGUCUUGCCCACGUGAAGGACCCCGAUCCGCUCUUGCGUCAAUGGGUUUGCUUGUGUCUUGCCCAAGUGUGGAUGAACAACAGCGAAGCCAAGUCCGCCGCCAUUACCGAGAAUGGUCAUGAAAAGCUGUGCGCCAUGCUUUCCGACAGCGUUCCGGAAGUACGCGCUUCGGCCAUGUAUGCCUUGGGAACGUUUUUGAGCGAUCCCAACAAGACCGAGCAGAUUGUGAAUAUCGAGCACAACAUCGCCAUCUCCGCUUUAGUCGUGAUGUCGGAUGGAUCGCCUAUUGUGCGCAAGGAGUUUGUUGCCGCAUUGUCCCACAUUGUGCAUCAGGCCGGAUUGACCAAAUUUUUGGCCGCCGCUAGCCAGACCAUUGAAGAGGAUCAGUCCCAGCGUUCCGUGUUUGGCGAUGACCGAAACAAAUUCGCAAAGUGUCGUCCAGGCGAUUGGCGAUCGAACAGCGAUUCGGAUUUCGGAUCUUCUAGCUAUGAUUCGGUGUAUACGGUGAUUUGGAAAGCAUUACUGAAUUUGUCUGUAGAUCCUCAUCCGGAUGUGGCCAAAGCCGCUUCGGUGAUUGUGGAUCACAUCAACUAUAAGUUGCUCAAUACCCCAUCUUUUGGUGAAUAUGCUUCCAACAUUAUCCGUGAAUCGAUGCAACAAGCCGUGCAAGAGAAUGCGACGAGCGGCGCCCUGGAUCGCUCGCAAUCCUUCCAUACCCAUGAUGACCGAGCCAGCGCAGCGACCAGCUCACGCCGUCCCGCCAAACUGACGCGUUCGGUCUCUUUUGCAUCUACGUUGCGUACCAUUUAUAAUUUCAGCAACUCUUCUCUUACCACCGACUCUCAUCCGCCUAAUCCACGCUUGCACAACGAUCAUGCUCGCGCAUCGGGUGCGACUGCAUCUUUAGGUCAUCGUCAUCCACCUAAAAAUGGACCAACGUCACCGACAAGUCCAUCCCGAAGCUCCACAUCGCACGUUGAUCGUGAUACCACCAAUCCAGAUGCCGAUCAUGUACUUCCAUUGGCAUCGGAAUUCUAUGAUUGGAGCUGUGAGUACUUUACCGAACCCCAGAUGCGCGCCGCUGAGUCCGACGAGCCAGGCAGUGUGGUGUAUACCCAACGAAAGUGGCGGCGUGCGCGCAAUGAAAAAAUUCUUGACGAAUCGAAUGCCACCAAAGCCAUGGCAGCGAGAAGUCGAUGGGAUGACCAGAUUAUAUCAAUUUAUAACGAGACAGAGGCGACAAAAUUACUUUUGCAUCAAUUUGAGCCGCAUCUCGUCGCAGCUGAUGCUUACAAUUGUCUAGUGGUGUGGGACUGGAAAACGGGAACACCACUCAGUGUCAUUGAUAAUCACAACCCUUCUCACAGUCGUAUCACGGAUUUAAAAUUCCUGAAUGAAGACGAUGUUGCAUUACUACUCACAGCUUCAGAUGACGGUGUGGUUCGUAUAUACAAGAAUUACGAUGGCAGUGAUCAGGAAGACGCCAUCUUGGUGAGCUCCUGGCGUGCUUUAAAAGACAUGGAGAAGAGCAGUUCAAGACAAAGCGGUUUGAUUUGCGAUUGGCAUCAAGGACGCGGUACACUCGCCACAGGAGGGGAUGCACGUAUAAUCAAGUUAUGGGAUGCUCAUCAGGAAAUGUCCAUUAUGGAUAUUGCGACGCAAUCAAAUGGAUGUGUUACCAGCAUUACAAGCGAUCAGGUCAACGGCAAUAUAAUUGUUGCAGGUUUCGGUGACGGUCUUAUUGGCGUGUAUGAUCGACGAUUAAAGUCCAGUGCAGCAAUGGUACAACGCUGGGAUGAGCAUAAAGCAUGGGUCACUGGUGUGCAUUUGCAACGCGAUGGCAAUCGCGAGCUGAUCUCCGGUGGAUUCGGCGGCGAUAUUCGCAUUUGGGAUAUUCGAGAACCGAAUUCAUUGCGAACAAUCCAAGCUCACACUUACGCAGAUAUUACAGCUCUGGCGGUGCAUGACCAUAGCCCUAUCUUUGCAACGGCUGGCGAUGAUCAAGUCAUCAAAUUAUGGAAUGUCGACGGCACAAGAUUGUCUACGAUCCGACCGUCCUCUGGUUUCCUAGGUCAAAAGAACGCAUUUACACGAGCACUAACAUUCCAUCCAAACUUAAUGGUCAUGGCCGCCGGAGGCGAUGACGGUUAUAUUACGCUGUAUGAACCACGCUAA